AAUCUCUCCCUCAAGCUUUCUCUCUCUACCAAUAAAAGCAUCUCUCUCUCUCUCUCUCUCUCUCUCUCCCCCCGUGAGACGCGCUCUCUCUCUCUCUCGUCAAAAUUUCUCCACUUUUUCAUGAUUUCAUCUGCUCCAUCUCCCUAGGGUUUUGAUUUCGAUUCUUCCCAACAGACCCACAACGAAAUCAUCAUCGCCAUCCUCUUCAUUGUCACCGUUUCUUCCUUUUCUCACUUUCUCCCUUUUUUGUCUACCAUGACCACGACCUCCGUGAAGAACAAUGGAUUGCCUGCGGGUCUCGUCUCGAAUCUCCAGGAAGUGCUCUUGAAGAGACGAGGAGGCAACGGGGAAGGUGGAGAAGCCGAUGGAUCAGCUGCGGAGACUUUGUCUAUCUCCGACGCUGCCGAGACGCCUCCCGUUGCGGCGACGGCCGAGGAGGAGAUCGGUGACUCGAAACCCAUUGUCUUAGUCACCAACGGCGAUGGGAUUGAUUCCCCUGGCCUCGUCUCUCUCGUCGAGGCUCUGGUUCGGGAAGGGCUUUACAGUGUCCAUGUUUGCGCUCCUCAAACGGACAAAUCAGCUUCUGGUCAUUCCAUGACUCCAGGAGAAACCAUUGCUGUGAGUUCUGCACAUAUUGAAGGUGCCACAGCCUUUGAAGUUUCAGGGACUCCUGUGGACUGCAUCUCUUUAGCAUUAUCUGGAGCGCUCUUCUCCUGGUCAAAUCCAAUACUGGUGAUUAGUGGAAUUAAUCGGGGAUCAAGCUGCGGGCAUAACAUGUUCUAUUCAGGUGUAGUUGCUGGAGCUAGGGAGGCUUUGAUUUCUGGUGUACCCUCUAUCUCAAUAUCGUUGAAUUGGAAGAAAGAUGAAAGCCAAGAAAGUGACUUUAAGGAUGCUGUCGGUGUCUGUUUACCGCUGAUCAAUGCAACUAUCAGAGACAUCAAGAAGGGGAUUUUCCCCAAAGACUGCUCUCUGAACAUAGAGAUUCCAACAUCUCCCGCAACAAACAAGGGUUUUAAAGUAACGAAACAAAGCAUGUGGAGGCGCAAUCCGACUUGGCAAGCUGUUUCAGCACAUCGCCACCCGGGUGCUGGGAAUUUCAUGUCCAACCAACAAAGCUUAGGACUUCAACUCGCCCAGCUUAGCAGAGAUGCUUCUGCCGCUGGGGCGGCUCGUCGUUUGGCCACACAGAGGAAGAGUAUUGUGGAGGUUGAAUCAGUUGGGGUUGCCGGGAAGGGUGAUAACCGUGUGAAAAAGUACUUCCGACUCGAGUUUCUGGCUAAGGAACAAGAAGAUAUGGAGGAUGAUUUGGAUUUGAAGGCACUUGAAGAUGGAUUUGUUUCGGUAACUCCGCUAUCUCUUCUUCCACAAAAGGAAUCAGAAAUUCAAGCAGUGACAUCAGAAUGGAUCUCAAAUGUGCUCAACGCUGAUCAAUGAGAAAGGCCGGAGCUUAAAUUAUCGCCGUGCCAAAAACAGGUCAAAUCUAGCCUUGGAAAGUUUGGUUUUUUUAAUCGGUUUUCAGUGAAUGUUCGGUUUAUUUAUGCUUUGUUUGUUCUUCUUCCCAAAUCUGUGUGUGGGAUAUUAAUAUUAGUUUGUUGUUUUGUUGGUUUGUUCUUGUUGUUGUUGUGGUGGUGAGUCUGUGUAUGUAAAACUGGGGAAAAUGGCUCAGGGUCCAAAUUUUAGUACCCCAGCCGUUCUUCCUUCGUUCCAUAUUAUCUUUCCGUAGGCAACGCCCCUUCACAAACCUCUUCUUGCGUGGUUGAGGCUUUUGAUUUUAACAUUUGUGGUUUGUGUUGUUGCAUUUGUUCAUCAAUAGAAGCUUUCUGAUA